UUUUGGAACGAAAUGUAGCAAAGAGAGUACAGUAGUAAGAGUAACCGCGUAGGUGCUGUCGGCCGAGGGGGUGCGCCGGAGAGGUCCGGACUCUCCACCCCGCUUUCCAACGCUGGGGAUCUCAGUCCAGCAGAGCACCAGAGGGAGGAGGCGCCCGAGGACCCGCCCCGGCCCGGUCCACGUUCUUCCCAGGAAGCUGGACUCUACGGGGCGGGACCCCGAGAGAGACUGAGCAGAACCUGGAGCCAACCCCGCACCCCUUCACUUCUAAUCAGGGGCGCCCCGGGAGCACUCCCCGUGGGCGCGCCGCCCGCCCUUCGCGCAGCCAUGAGCGAAACGGUCAUCUGUUCCAGCCGGGCCACUGUGAUGCUUUAUGAUGACGGCAAUAAGCGAUGGCUCCCUGCUGGCACCGGUACCCAGGCCUUCAGCCGCGUCCAGAUCUACCACAACCCCACUGCAAACUCCUUUCGAGUUGUUGGCCGCAAGCUGCAGCCAGACCAGCAGGUGGUUAUCAACUGUGCCAUCAUCCGGGGUGUCAAGUACAAUCAGGCCACUCCCAUCUUCCAUCAGUGGCGCGAUGCCCGCCAGGUCUGGGGCCUCAACUUCGGCAGCAAGGAGGAUGCAGCACAGUUUGCAGCCGGCAUGGCCAGUGCCCUAGAGGCCUUGGAAGGAGGUGGGCCUCCCCCGGCCCCAGCACCCCCUGCCUGGUCUGCGCAGAAUGGCCCCUCCCCAGAGGAGGUGGAACAACAGAAAAGGCAGCCUGAGCACAUGGAGCGCCGGGUCUCCAAUGCAGGAGCCCCACCUACUCCCCAAGCUGGGGGUCCGCCUCCACCUCCAGGACCUCCCCCGCCUCCGGGUCCCCCUCCACCCCCGGGCCUGCCCCCCUCAGGGGUAUCUGCUGCAGGUCAUGGAGCAGGGGGAGCCCCACCCCCUGCACCCCCACUCCCUACAGCUCAGGGCCCCAGUGGUGGGGGUUCCGGAGCCACGGGCCUAGCUGCUGCCAUUGCUGGAGCCAAACUCAGGAAAGUAAGCAAGCAGGAGGAGGCCUCUGGGGGGCCCUUGGCCCCCAAAGCUGAGAGUAGUCGAAGCACUGGCGGGCUUAUGGAAGAGAUGAACGCCAUGUUGGCCCGGAGAAGGAAAGCCACACAGGUUGGGGAGAAGCCCCCCAAAGACGAGUCGGCUAGUCAGGAGGAGCCAGAGGCCCGAGUCCCCGCCCAGAGUGAACCUGUGCGGAGACCCUGGGAGAAGAACAGCACAACCUUGCCAAGGAUGAAGUCUUCCUCUUCUGUGACUACCUCCGAGGCCCACCCUCCUGCCCCCAGCUCCAGUGAUGACUCUGACUUGGAGAGAGUGAAGCAGGAGCUUCUGGAAGAGGUGCGGAAGGAGCUGCAGAAAAUGAAAGAGGAAAUAAUCGAAGCCUUUAUCCAGGAGCUGAGGAAGCGGGGUUCUCCUUGACCAUGGGGACCCAGAAGACCCGUCUCCUUUCUGACUUCCCGCCUGAUGCCUGCUUUCCCUGCCUCAAUUUGACCAGAGUACACCAGAAGGCAUUCUCCCUCACUAUCCCACUUGGAAGAUUCCAGAGGGUGUGGCUCCCUGGUGCCAUGACCACACCCAUGCUGGCUGCUGAUUGGCUAAGGAGGUCCCACUCCUUUGUUCCCUUUGAUCCUUCCCCUCCACCAUCCCCUUGGGGCUGGUUCCUCUGCUGGGGAUGUACUGAGUAACCCCACAGUAAGGGAAGGAAGGAGGGAUCUCACCUUCCCUUUGUUCUGGAUUCACUUUAACGCUUUAAUGCCUUGGAUUUUUUUUAAAGAAAAAGUAUAUAUAUAUAUAUAUAUAUAUAUAUUUUGGGUUUUGGGGGGGGGAAGGAAAUUUUUUUCUCUUUGGUUUUGAUAAAAGGGGAUGUGGGAGUUUUUAAAAGCCAUAACCCCAGGCUUGUCCCAUAGGAGGCAGCGCUGUAAGGGGAGAGGCUUCCCCGCAGGUGGGCGGGACUUCCCC